CUACAACUAUAUAAAUAGCACACAACGAAAACUCUUUUAGCAUCAUCAUGUGAAAACCCAAACAUUUCAAUUUUCUCACAAUGAAGCUCUAUCAUUAUGUAUAUAGGCCUCAAAGUUAAAACAAAUUUAUCCUCUGAAAAACAGAAUAAAACAAAACAAAAAUAUCCGCUCGGUUAAUUUCUAGAACUCAUAGUCCAUCAAUAUGGCAGAGUUGCAAAGCUCUGAUGUGAUGAUGAAGAUCAUAAGAUUCCUCUCUUCCCUUCUCCAAAGAGUUGCAGAGACCAACGACUUGUUUGGCUCAUACAAUUCUCGAAAAAAUUCGAUUUUUCACGGGCUGACUAGGCCCGCAAUCUCCAUACAGGGCUAUCUCGAGAGGAUUUUCAAGUACGCGAAUUGUAGCCCGUCUUGUUAUAUCGUGGCCUACAUUUAUCUUGACCGGUUCACGCAAAAACAGCUUUCGAUGCCGAUUAACUCGUUCAACGUGCAUCGACUUCUCAUUGCCAGCGUAUUGAUUUCCGCAAAGUUCAUGGAUGACAUAUACUACAACAAUGCAUACUAUGCCAAAGUUGGAGGCAUAAGCACGGCUGAGAUGAACCUUCUAGAAGUCGACUUCUUGUUCGGCAUGAGCUUCCAAUUGAACGUGUCGACCUCAACAUUUCAUCACUAUUUAAGGGAGAUGAUCUUCCACCUUCCUCCCAUUAUUUAUGCAGCCCCAUCACUCAAUAUUGGCACCAAACCGAAGCUUCAAUUUUGUGUAAACGAAGAAGGACACACAACUCAUCAUCAACACCAAUUAGCAGUCUAAUUAGCUGGCUCUCGCGGUUUUUUUGAUCCAUAAUUUUGAUUACAUUUGACGGAAUAGAAUUUAGAGCCAAGAUAAAAGAAAGUUUAAUCCCACUGAUCUAUUUUUGUCACGUAUCUUUUAGCAAACAAUCGGGUUUAGUUUCUUUUUGGAACGAUAACCGGAUUUGACUUUUUAUCAGGAAAUAGUGUUACAAUUUGAUUGGAUGGAUUCAUAUUCAAGGGUUUUUCCCUCCUUAUUUUGAGUCGGUGGAAAUACCGAAACAGAGUUGUCAAAUUGGUCAAGAUAUUGUAGUCUACCGAAACAGAGUUGUCAAAUGCCAUUUUACACUAGUUUUAUUUUA